AUGAAUGAACAAUUAUAUCAAGUAUUUGAAUACUUAAACAAAAGAGAUGAAUGUGAAACCGGUAAUGAUUAUAAUGGUUUAGAUUUCGGUGCCCGUAUCUCAUCAAUCUUUGUCAUAUUAAUAACAGGUGCAUUUGGAUGUUUCUUUCCUGUAUUAUCCUCAAGAUAUUCAUUUAUAAAAUUACCUAGUUGGUGUUUCUUUUUAGCUAAAUAUUUUGGUUCAGGGGUAAUUGUUGCCACGGCUUUUAUCCAUUUAUUAGAACCUGCAUCUGAUGCAUUGGGUAAUGAAUGUUUAACUGGGGUAAUUGCUGAAUAUCCUUGGGCCGACUCCAGCCAUCAACAAUCACAUUCUCAUUUUGGUGAUGAAUCAAACUAUGUCAAGAAAGAUAUUGAAUCUAAUAUCGAAGAUGAUCAAGAUGACGACAACGAUCAUGUCACCACCACCACCCCCAAACCAAAUCCCUAUCCUUCCCAUUUCCAACAUUCAAUGGACCACCAAGACCCACAAUCCGAUCCGUGGGGGUAG